UUGGCGUCUCAGUCCCAGAGCCUGGGAACCGCGCAGCUUCUCUCGUCCCGACUCCAGCGCGGACCCAGACGGGACCUGGACUCAAAGCUCCUCCGGUGGCAGCUCAGGGAGCAGGGCUCUCCGCACUAACUUCUUCCGCGCGGCUCCGUCACUCCGGGCAGUCCCCGGUGCGCACCUGCCAACUCCGCCUUCUGCACCUGCCACCCCUGAGCCAGUGCGGGCACCCAAGCGAGCCAUGGCCAACGCGGGGCUGCAGCUCUUAGGCUUCAUCCUGGCCUUCCUGGGCUGGAUCGGCUCCAUUAUCAGCACGGCACUGCCCCAGUGGAAGAUUUACUCCUAUGCAGGGGACAACAUCGUGACGGCCCAGGCCAUCUACGAGGGGCUGUGGAUGUCCUGCGUGUCGCAGAGCACCGGGCAGAUUCAGUGCAAAGUCUUCGACUCCUUGCUGAAUCUGAACAGUACAUUGCAAGCCACCCGCGCUUUGAUGGUGAUUGGCAUCCUGCUGGGACUGAUAGCCAUCUUUGUGGCCACAAUUGGCAUGAAGUGUAUGAAGUGCUUGGAAGACGAUGAAGUGCAGAAGAUGCGGAUGGCUGUCAUUGGGGGCGUGAUCUUUCUUAUUGCAGGUCUGGCUGUUUUAGUUGCCACAGCAUGGUAUGGCAAUAGAAUUGUUCAAGAAUUUUAUGACCCCAUGACCCCGGUCAAUGCCAGGUAUGAAUUUGGUCAGGCUCUCUUUACUGGCUGGGCUGCUGCCUCUCUCUGCCUUCUGGGAGGUGCCCUACUUUGCUGCUCCUGUCCCCGAAAAACAACAUCUUACCCAACACCGCGGCCCUAUCCAAAACCUGCACCUUCCAGUGGGAAAGACUAUGUGUGACACAGAAGGAAAAGGAGACAGCAGCUGUUGAAACAAAUAGAAAGUGGACAUUGAAAUACUGUCAUUGACAUUAGGACUUUAGACUUUUGAUUAUUGUAGUAUGAACUAUGGUACUGCAAAAAAGAACAACAAAU